AGGAAGCUUAUCGCGAGCGGGCCCAAGAAAAGUGUCGCCGCUCUUUAAUUGUGUUUCUCUACACGCCCUGUCGACGCCGCUGUAACACGCGCAAAAUGGCAGACAACAUCGACAAAUCGCUCAAUGGAGCUGGAACUACUGCUCCCGCUCAACCCAGCGUCAACCCUUUGAACCCUUCCGAGCCCUUGAAGCGUCCUGCCCCCGGCGACUCGACCGAACCCGCCAAUCCACAGAGCGACAUUCUUCCCUUCGACUCGGCCCUCACACGCGCCGAGAAAGUCGAGCGUCAUGGCGAUGAACAGCCCUCUAAGAGAGUCAAGCUAGAGCAGGACCCCGUCUUGGCCGCUGCAGACCUCAAUCCGAGAACAAAGGGUGUCGCGCCCAUCAAGAAGGAGUACCUGAUCUCCAACCCUACAUCCAACGGAAGACCUGAGCAGGUCUCGGAGGAGAACCCAGACGAUGCCGCCGAAGGAAGCAAGCACGAAUCUCAACAACAGUCCAAGGACAAGAAGCAAAAGAAUCGUGGUCAAAAUAAGGCUAGGACCUUUGGCAGCUCGCGCGACGCCCUUCAGCUGUGCAAGACCCGUGUACACUACAACGAGUUCUCACCUGCCGACUGUCCCUUCGGCGACAAGUGCAGAAUGGAGCACGACCUCCGCAAGUACUUGGCCGAGGGCAAGCGCGAAGACCUGACUACCUUCAACACAAAGUGUCCCAUCUUCGAGGUCAAGGGCAAGUGUAGUGCUGGCUGGAAGUGCCGCUUCGCCGGCUCGCACUCUACAGAGAGGGAGACUACCGAUGGCCGCAAGGAACUUGUCUUGUUGGACAACGACAAGUCCGCAGGUCACGACGCCCAAGCAGAAGAGGACGAGGGCGUGGGAGUUGUGAACAUUGUUACAAUGGGUGCCAAGAUCGAACUCAGAAAGAAGAAGACCAGCAUGCCCAAAUCCGAGGCCUACGUCAACUGGCUGGACAAGCGCCAAACUGAGAUGAACAAAUACUACGGAGCAAACAAGGCAGAGGAAGCACAAGCAGCAGAGGCCGAGAAGAUGUCCCUUGAGGACCGUCGUGCCCAAUUCACCGAAUGCCCGGUUCGCGCUUCGGAAAAGCGUAGAAUCUACUACGGUCCGGAGACUCCGGUUCUGGCUCCGCUAACCACACAAGGAAAUCUCCCAUUCAGACGUCUAUGUGUCGGCCUGGGUGCUCAGGUUACUUGGUCCGAGAUGGCCAUGGGUCUGCCACUGAUCCAAGGUGAAAAGGGUGAAUGGGCUUUGGCCAAGGCACACGAGUCAGAGACUACUCCUCCCAAGUACCACCCCAAGUCUGUUGUCGCCGGCUACGAUAACUCCAAGGACCUGAAGUUUGGUGUUCAAAUUGCAGGCAACAAGCCAUGGAACGUCCUCAAGACUACCGAGAUUCUUACUGCUCUCUGCCCCAGCAUUCGCGCCAUCGACUUGAACUGUGGCUGUCCCAUAGACCUUGUCUACCGUCAAGGUGCUGGCUCUGCACUCAUGGACUCACCCGGAAAGCUCGAGAAGAUCCUCCGCGGUAUGAACGCCGUCUCCGGAGAAGUUCCCAUCACUGUCAAGAUUCGCAUGGGUACCAAGGACAAUCACCCUACCGCUGACAGGCUGGUGCAGCGUCUUGUGCUUGGAGGUGAAGAGGCUGCCGCCACUGGGGACGGCCCCUGUGGUGUUGCUGCCAUCACCUUGCACGGACGAAGCCGUCAGCAAAGAUACACUCGUCAAGCCAACUGGGAGUACAUUGCAGAGUGCUCGGCCCUUGUCAACAGACUCAAGCAGAAGCAGGCAGAGGUAACUGACACCAUCAGGGAGGCUGACGCUCGUGACAUGACUGCUUCGAACAACGGUACACCUUACUUCUGCGGUAAUGGCGACGUCUACUCACAUGUCGACUACUUUGACGCUGUCAACAACGCCAAUGUCGACUCUGCCAUGAUUGGUCGCGGUGCACUGAUCAAGCCCUGGAUCUUCGAGGAGAUUCAGACGGGUCAAUACCUCGAUAAGAGUGCCACGGAGAGACUGCAAUACAUUGAACAAUUCACACGCUUCGGUCUGGAGAACUGGGGAUCUGAUGAGAUUGGUGUUGGAGUUACUCGUCGUUUCCUGCUCGAGUGGUUGAGCUUCAGUUGCAGAUACAUCCCUCUGGGACUGCUCGAACAUUUGCCGCCUCAAAUGAACGACAGACCUCCUGCCUAUCGUGGUAGAAACGAGCUCGAGACGUUGCUCAGCAGCCCCAACUACAAGGACUGGAUCAAGAUCAGUGAAAUGUUCCUGGGACCUGCACACAAGGAUUUCCAGUUCCAGCCUAAGCACAAGAGCAACAGCUACGAGAUUGAAGCCGAGGGUUAAGUGCUUGUAUUGUAAAGCAAAGGUCUCAUGUAAAAUUGCCAGGUCAAACGUGGAGUUUGUACCGUGCGUCGACUAUAUACCCACAGUACAAGAAGAAUCCCAUCCAGUUAAUGUUCAUGUUCUAUCAUGGCUCAUGAGACAUGACCUGUCCAGGUGUAGAUUUUUUACGCAUAACACACAUUACAAUCACGAUAUGACCAAACCGUCGUAAGCUCUGGUCUUUGUGGUAGAGAUCCUGAUGUGGCGGUCGUAGAAAUAAUAUGUUCAUCGAGUUUGACCGUAUGUUACUCUGCAUACGCAAG